AAAUUAGAUACGUUUUAAUUCUCGAAAUUGACCACAGAUGGAACCACUCAAUUUUGGAUCAAUCUUCCUUUAUUUUUAAGAGGAUCCGAAGUUGGAAUUUGUAUGGAUGGAAUCCAACUUAUGAAAUUUUGAUCCAGUGACAAACAGUAGGUGGCAGCGCUGCAGUACAUGCUAAAGAAGGCGAGCAGCGGCUAAACGUCAUUCAGCGUGGUGAUCGCCGCACGUGCUGAUGUUGGUAGCAAAGUUGUAUCGUGUCAGGAGUGGAGGGCAGGAUGGAAGAUAGUCCAGCUAUGGACAAAGCUCUAUCUAACGGUAUUCUCAGGCACUCGGGUGCCAAAUGGUGGACAAUAGGACCAGCUUUAGUCGUUUGGACACUUUGUAUAUUCUCACUUGGACUUUCUAUUUUAUGUGGUUUACGGUUGUUACGUCUGGAAGAGAAAGUGGCCGUUUUACAAACGAGAUGUCAUCAGUACGAACAGAGGAUAUUCGACUUAAGCAAUGUAGAAGAUAAGAUACAAGAGAUGAUCAAACUGCAAAUGGACAAAGAACUUAGUACAAAAAGAACUCGAAGAGACAUAUCAGCUGCUGCUGAGUGCAUUUGUCCACCAGGACCUCGAGGUAAAAGGGGAAAAAGAGGAAGUAAAGGUGAACCCGGUUCUCCAGGACCAAUUGGACCUCCAGGUAAACCAGGAUUUCCAGGAGCAAUUGGUAUUGAUGGGCCAAAAGGUGAUCCGGUAAGGUUUAUUUUUUUGUUUGACACUUUAUUUCCUUUCCAAUAUAAAAGAAUGCUUCAAAGUAAAAUAUUUUUGAAAAUAAAUUUUAUUGUUAUAAAUGCAGAAAUUUUCUUUAAUAAUGACCCAACCAUUUAGCAUCACAGAAUCUAUUCAUCAUGCAUGAUAUAUUUUGACAUGUUUUUUGGAAUGUUGUAUGCUUUAGUAUAGAGAUUACAAUGCAUGUUGCUAAAAUAGGGACCUAUGGGCCUGCCUGGUAUGCCUGGUGCAAAAGGCU